AUGACGGAGCAGCCGCCGAGCGAGGCGGCACACAGUGACCCCCCGCUAGAGGGACGGGACGCGGCCGAGGCCCGCAUGGCCCCCCCGCACCUGGUCCUGCUGAACGGCGUCGCCAAGGAGACGAGCCGCACAGCCCCGGCGGAGCCCCCGGUCAUCGAGCUGGGCACGCGCGGCGGCGGCCCGGGGGGCGGCCCCGCCGGUGGGGGCGGUGCCGCGCGGGACUUAAAGGGCCGCGAGGCUGCGGCGGCCGAAGCGCGCCUUCGGGUGCCCACCACCGAGCUGUGCAGACCGCCCGGGCCCGCGCCCGCCUCGGCCCCCGCGGAACUGCCCGGCGACGGCCGCAUGGUGCAGCUGAGCCCGCCCGCGCUGGCGGCCCCCGCCGCCCCCGGCCGCGCGCUGCUCUACAGCCUCAGCCAGCCGUUGGCCUCGCUCGGCAGUGGCUUCUUUGGGGAGCCAGAUGCCUUCCCUAUGUUCGCCACCAACAACCGAGUGAAGAGGAGACCCUCCCCUUACGAGAUGGAGAUUACUGAUGGUCCCCACACCAAAGUUGUGCGGCGCAUCUUCACCAACAGCCGGGAGCGAUGGCGGCAGCAGAAUGUGAACGGGGCCUUCGCUGAGCUCCGCAAGCUGAUCCCCACGCAUCCCCCAGACAAGAAGCUCAGCAAGAAUGAGAUCCUCCGCCUGGCCAUGAAGUACAUCAACUUCCUGGCCAAGCUGCUCAAUGACCAGGAGGAGGAAGGCACCCAGCGGGCCAAGCCUGGCAAAGACCCCGUGGAGCUGGGGGCUGGUGGAGGGGGUGGGGGGGGAGGGGGCAACGCGCCUCCCGAGGAUCUCCUGCAGGACGUGCUCUCCCCAAACUCCAGCUGUGGCAGCUCCCUGGACGGGGCAGCCAGCCCGGACAGCUACACAGAAGAGCCAGUGCCCAAACACACAGCCCGCAGUCUCCAUCCUGCCAUGCUGCCCGCCGCGGAUGGAGCCGGCCCCCGGUGA